AGAAUUCACUUCACAUAUGGAGUUCGUUCUGCUAAGCCUGAUUAUCGCGUCUCUAUUCACAGAUAGUGACGCCGUCCGGGGAGCACUUGUUUUGAAAAAAUCGCAUCAACAAUCGAUGGACUCGGACGAUAACAUUGAAGAGUUGGAAGACUUUGAUGAAGAACAUAUAAGGAAUGAAUUAGACAGAGCUGGAAUUUUUGAGCAAGGAGAGACUAGGGAUUUUUUGCAAUUUUUGAAGAUGAUUCGAUAUGACCAUAGGCAGUGCCCCGAGGAUGAGACUGGAGGACCAGUUUUCGUCAAUGUCUCCAUCGUGGUCAGCAACAUUCGCUCAGUUUCUGAAGUGACUAUGGACUUUUCUCUCGAAAUGUUCUAUCGGGAAGAAUGGCGAGAUCCUCGGCUCAAGUACAGUAAGGCAAAAUUCAAGAACAAGACAGAAAUCGCUUUGCAUGAGAGCUACUCGGACUUUCUUUGGCACCCCGAUACCUUCAUUCCAAAUGCAAUAGCAUCAAAAAAUCCUCGAAAGCAAAGCAUUACGCACAGAUCAUUGCUAAGGUUACGAAGCGAUGGCAGUGUUUUGUAUAGUCGUCGCCUGUCCCUGGUUGUCACCUGCGGCAUGGAUCUCACUCUCUUCCCUUUUGACUCACAACUUUGCAAAAUGGGCAUUGAGAGUUAUGGUUAUACAGCCGACCAGGUGCGGUAUAUAUGGUCGAAGGGACGAAUAAAGGCGUUGAUACUGCACAAAAUUAGCCUGCCUGAUUUUCAAAUCAAAGAGAGCUAUGUGACGAGUCGUGUCGAAAGCUACGCUACCGGUGAUUACUCUCGCCUCUACGUGUGUUUCCUCUUUUCACGAUCAGCAGGUUUUUGCUUUCUACAACUAAUCAUUCCGUCAACAGCUGUUGUCAUCACUUCAUGGGUAUCACUUUGGAUGGAAAAUGAAACGUCAUUUCAGGAUAUGAUUUCGAUUAUACUAACCAUUACGUUCUUGCUUUUUUCAUACAAUGAGGUAAUGCCACGGGUUAGCUAUAUAAAAGCAAUGGAUGUAUAUCUCGGUGUUUGUUUUUGCAUAGUAUUUUGUUCACUUAUCAAGUUGGCCAUGGUGAAAUAUAUGCGACAAAGGCUGGUAUUGACGAGAGAAAAUACCAUAGCCGCAGGGUUGAUUCCUAUCAUACGCAUAUCAAAUGGUAAGGAAAACUCGAACAGCGGAGCAAACGUUCUUGAACACAAUGGCGUUCAGAAAACUUCGCUUUCACUUCCACCAUCCAGCUUACACGGGGUAGUUCCUUUGGAGAAACUGGAAUCCACCAUAAGCAUGGAUAGUAGGCCGAAAAGGCUUGAAUUUACUCCUCGCUUCAUACAUCGAUUUCAUUGGAUAUCUCAGAUGUCGUUCUUUUUUGGAUUUGUCAUAUUCUGCCUCUUCUACUUCCUUGUUUAUCCCAACAUCCACACUCAGCUGAUAGACGAAGAUUGCGAGCGUGCUGCUGCCGAAUGGUUUGCUGAAAUCAAGUGAUCUCAGUUGUUAUGUUGCUCUGUAGAAAUUGUUGCUCUAUUUUCAAGAACGUUCCUAUCUGGAGCUUAUGUACAUUGCUAAUUUUUUUUGAAUUGUUAUUUUUGCUUCAAAUGUGUG